CCCCGUCCCCCGGCGGCGGCAGCGAGCGGCGGCGGCGGGCUCCGUGCGCGCGCGCGGGCGGGCGGCAGGCUGAAGGUGGCCCAUUGUAAGGGUCAAUCAUCUGUCAAAUACUUAAUAACCAUUUAUUCAGAAAAUUUCCUGCAUUGUUCAUGGAGUUUUUCAUCAGUAUGUCUGAAACCAUUAAGUACAAUGACGAUGAUCACAAAACUGUGUUCCUGAAAACAUUAAACGAACAACGUUUGGAAGGAGAAUUUUGUGACAUAGCUAUCGUGGUUGAAGAUGUUAAGUUCAGAGCACAUAGGUGUGUGCUUGCUGCCUGCAGUACCUACUUCAAAAAGCUUUUCAAAAAACUAGAAGUCGAUAGUUCAUCAGUAAUAGAAAUAGAUUUUCUUCGUUCUGAUAUUUUUGAGGAGGUUCUCAAUUACAUGUACACUGCAAAGAUUUCUGUUAAGAAAGAGGAUGUAAAUUUGAUGAUGUCUUCGGGCCAGAUUCUUGGUAUUCGCUUUCUAGAUAAACUCUGCACGCAAAAACGUGACGUAUCUAGUCCCGAAGAAAACACCCAGUCCAAGAACAAGUACUGUCUAAAAAUAAACCGUCCUAUUGGGGAACCUAACGAUACCCAAGACGAUGAGGUGGAAGAAAUUGGAGAUCACGAUGACAGUCCAUCUGAUGUGACAGUGGAAGGAACUCCCCCCAGUCAGGAAGAUGGAAAAUCACCUACCACUACCCUGAGAGUUCAGGAGGCCAUUCUGAAAGAGCUGGGAAGUGAAGAGGUUCGAAAAGUAAACUGCUAUGGCCAAGAGGUAGAGCCCAUGGAAACAACCGAAUCAAAAGACUUAGGAUCCCAAACCCCUCAGGCUUUGACAUUUAAUGAUGGCAUAAGUGAGGUGAAAGAUGAACAGACACCAGGCUGGACGACAGCAGCUGGGGAUAUGAAAUUUGAAUAUUUGCUUUAUGGUCACAGGGAACACAUUGUAUGUCAGGCUUGUGGUAAGACCUUUUCUGAUGAAGCACGACUGAGAAAACAUGAAAAGCUACACACUGCUGAUAGACCAUUUGUUUGUGAAAUGUGUACAAAGGGCUUUACCACACAAGCUCAUUUGAAAGAGCAUCUGAAAAUACACACAGGUUACAAGCCUUACAGUUGCGAGGUAUGUGGAAAGUCUUUUAUUCGGGCACCAGAUCUAAAAAAGCAUGAAAGAGUUCACAGUAAUGAGAGGCCAUUUGCAUGCCAUAUGUGUGAUAAAGCUUUCAAGCACAAGUCCCACCUCAAAGACCAUGAAAGAAGACACCGAGGAGAGAAACCUUUUGUCUGCAGUUCCUGCACUAAAGCGUUUGCUAAAGCAUCUGAUCUAAAAAGGCAUGAGAACAAUAUGCACAGUGAAAGAAAACAAGUUACUACAGCCAAUUCCAUCCAGAGUGAAACAGAACAAUUACAGGCAGCAGCUAUGGCUGCUGAAGCAGAGCAGCAAUUAGAAACUAUAGCCUGUAGUUAAAAAAAAAAAAAAAACACAGAAAAUUUAUCAGAAAUAAUAUAAGAAAUUGAACAAAAUCUAUUGUUGGUAUACAUUUAGACUGAUAAUUAUCUUUUCCAAAAAGAAAAAAAAAGCAACUAUUUUUAGAAGAUUUGAAUGCUACAUAGGAACACAAAGCAUUGCUUGGUUAGGUAUUUUAAAAUAUUUCAGAGAUGGGUAUUCUUAGAAUAUAAAAUAGUUUUGUUGACAUUAGCAGUACAAUGCACUAAUACCUGAUUUAAUUUAAGAGUAUGAUCAAGUUCUCUAUAAAACAGGGAUCGUCACUGGCUGAUGUUUUGCUUCAUCCAGUAUGGGAUACUACGUAUGGUAUAGACAUCAAAAUGAGUGAGUUAUAUUUUAAAAUGCUGAGAUCUCAGAACAUACCAAACAUGGGAAGGAAGUACUUGUUUUUCAUAGUUUUGAAGGUGCUAUACCUACAGUUUUGGAGAAACAACCAUUAAUUCCCUAGGUUCUGUAAUUCCUCCUUUUUCCACCCAAGGUAGGUGCUAGAGGUUGGUACCAUAGAGUGUACUGGAGGGCGGCGAUAAAAUCAAAAUUGCUUCUUAUUCCACUCCCUCAAAUAUCCUCUCAUGUUAAUUGAGGUGGCAAGUUUUAUGGACUAGUAAGUACUUGCUUUCCUAAAAAAAAUGGCAUUAUUCACAGUGGUCCAGGCUGGCAAAGAAGAAGGGUCAUUGCACUCACUAGUCCCUUCUCUGGGGAAAAAAAGAGUCUGACUCAAUUGUUUCUAUGUUCAUUUUAGAAAUCUUAUGCAGGCCCCAGGAGAUGGGAUGGAGCCACAAAGGAAAAAAAGAUGCAUCAUGGAGAAGGAGAUUCUUUCCUUACUCAGGCCCGUAGAAAUGAGUUAAAGCUAAUACAGCCUGAGGCUGUAGUUAUUAUUAUGCAGCUUUCACUUCACCUAACCUAGCACAGUUAAGGCAAAAGAGUGUUUCUGGCAGCACAGGAGAAUUAGCUGCACUGGUGAGUGACUGGAAUUCACUGCCAGACCUCCAGAGUUUCAGAGCACAGCCAUGGGCUAUCACAUACCCGCCAGCAGUGUUCAGACUGUGGGUUUUUAUAUCUUGACUUGUCACACCAGCUAAUAGGUCCUGCUAAGGUUCAAAGCUUCCACCCUCUGGCAUGCCACCUCUCAGCGAGAGGGAGACUUCAGUGGGUGAUUUCAGUCAUAACUGGUUCAGAAUCAGUGUUCACUAUUAGUCUGUUACUUAGAGUUGCCUGUUUUGUUUUGUUUUUUAUUUUUUUCCAGACAAGCUGAGGUAGAUGCUGCUAAUUUAACUUAACUCACAGAGUCAGCAAAAUACGUAGUCUUUGGAUUGCAGUCUGCUAUGUGUAGUCAACAGGAGAAGACACAAUAACAGUGAUAAUGUGAUCCAAAGGGAUUUUGAGCCUUUAUUUUAAAUUUGUAAAUAUUACAACUGUUGUCAACACUUCAUUUGAAGUUGGAAUGGGCAAAAAAUGCACUCUUGGGCACGUGGUUGGAUAACAUUGGUCGUUUGCAAAACCUAUAUCAUAUUGAAGUGUUAGACCAGGUUCUGGUAAGUUACUGCGUGGCAAAUCACAUCUUGCAUUUCUAAAUAGAAAUGGAAAAUAGCGUUUUUGGAACUGUUAUAUGAAACUUUGCUUAUUGUUUUCGUUUGUUUGUUUGUUUUACAGUUUCAUUUUAUACAUGUACCCAUCAGGUUAAGCAAUUAUCUUAAAAUGCCAAUAAUCAUUUGAAAGCUGGUCUGUAAAUAAAACACGAAUUUAAUAUUUUAGAAAAUGUAAA